CUCAGUCCAGCGCCAGACGCCGUGGCGAGCGAACGUGUCGCUCUUCUAAACAAACUUGUAUUAUUGGAGUGUUAUGUGGUAGUUAUUGUGCACCUUUUGAGCUCUUAAAAAUCAUGUCUUCCAUUUUCGUAAAAUUUUCGUUCAUGUAGUACAUUUUUAAGGUUAUCAGCAGAUCAUCGAGGUAUACAAUGCUUAGUGGUUCAUGACAUCAACAUUGUGAAAAUUAAAAGCACGCAAGAUGUCGCUGUCAAACAAUUCAUUCGCAAAGACUUACAACCAUAUAUUCUCAGAAUUAGCAGAUCCCAGAACCAAUGAUUGGUUCCUGAUCUCGAGCCCAAUACCUGGUUUGACCAUCAUCGCACUGUACUUAUGGUUCACAUUGAAAUGGGGCCCCAGGUACAUGGCAGACAAAGAACCCUUCCAAUUGCAGAAGACACUCAUUGUUUACAACUUCGUACAGGUUUUAGUUAGCUGUUGGUUGUUCCAUGAGGGUCUAGAUGGUGGUUGGCUGAGAACAUAUAGCUGGAAAUGCCAGCCAGUGGAUUUUUCUCAAUCCCCAGAAGCUAUUAGGGUUGCUCGAGGAGUGUACAUAUACUUCCUAGCAAAGAUAUCGGAACUUCUGGACACAGUUUUCUUCGUCAUCAGGAAAAAAGAACGACAGAUCACCUUCCUGCACCUCUACCACCACACCGUGAUGCCCAUGAUAUCAUGGGGAGCCACCAAGUACUACCCCGGUGGACAUGGCACCCUUAUUGGGGUCAUCAACUCAUUUGUACAUAUCAUCAUGUAUACAUAUUAUAUGCUAGCAGCAAUGGGCCCGAAACUACAUAAAUAUCUCGUCUGGAAGAAGUAUAUUACGACAUUGCAAAUGCUGCAGUUCUGCAUCGCUUUCCUGCAUUCUUCUCAGCUGCUCUUCUACGACUGCGGGUACCCCCGGUGGUCCGUCGUGUUCACACUGCCUAACUCCAUCUUCUUCUAUUACUUAUUCUACGACUUCUACUACAAGGCUUACGGCAAACCCGAAAGCAAGAGUAAAAGGAAACUUGAAAACGGCCACGUUAAAAAUGUUGAUGAAUCUAAAGAAGUCAUGGAAAACAUUAAAAAUGAAUACAAAGCUACUAAUGGCAUUAAAAAUGGAUAUAAAAACGAAGGCAAAAAAGUCGACUAAAGAACUUACUCUUCAUAGUAAAUAUGGGUUAAAUACCUAUAUUAUAUUGCUAUGAAUACGGUAGAUUAUGGAAUUUUAACGAUAACAUUUGACUGCAUAGUUGUAAAUAUUAUGAUGGUAUUGACAGCGCUGAAGUGUAUUGCAAUAUUGGUAGAGGAUUUAUUAACAGAUGUUAUUCAUUGUAUGAAUUUAGGCCAUUAAAAUAUCAAUGUAAAUAUCAUUAUGUUUGAGAAUUUUAAUAAAGAUUACGAAUUUGUAAUGGCACAAUUCGAAACAUCAGAGCCAUAUUCUGACAUUCUUGAUGAACAUCAGUGAUGAAAUAAGCAUAGGUAUUUAGAAACGGUCUGGUGUUAAAUUGGAAUUGGCUUCUAGUAAGCGUUAAAAUAUUUAUAGAGAACAAUUUCUAGAUAAUGAAGUAUGCAGUUUUGCCGGUGUACGUGAAAGUUACCACAAAUAAGUAUGAGAUCUAUGUAAAUAGUUAUAUAUAGGUUUCGUUAAAAUGCCUAAAAUAGCAAAUGAAAUGGAAUCAUUUUUACGAAAUUUAUACGAAAUACGAGUCAGGUGUCAAGAUAAAUAGACCAUUCAAAACAAAAUCAUUAUUCAAAUUAUCUUAACAUCGAGUUAGUUUUACCAUCUAGGUGAUAUUCAGUGGAUAUUCGGUUACCGUUACCAUGCAAUUUUGCUUAAGAUUGUAAUUAAGCAAAGAUUUGUACAGAUAAUUAAGUUAAUUUUAAUGGGUUGUAAUAAAGUUGUAUUUUAAUGUAAUUUAAUUUAUUCACUUGCCAUAUUCAGGCAGAGGUGAUAAGAACUUUUAAUUAGGUAGAAAUUUAAAAAUUAUAAAUGAUUCUUCCAAAGCGAGAUACAGGACUCUCUGCAAUAAAUUUUAUUAGAUAUUUUCAUGUAUAUAACGGAUAUUGUAGUUAUUGAUUAAUAAAAACAUAUGUUAAGUA